GAGCAACUGCCCAAAGAUGAAGCUGCAAACUAUAGAAGUACAAGGCCUGCGCCAACUGCAGGCGCUCUACAGUCGAGAGUGGCCCAAGUAUAUUCAGGAAUUCUAUAGCCUUAAGAAUAUGAUUUCAUUCCUAAAGCGUGAUCCGGAGAUGAAGCAUCUGAAGGCUUACACUCUGCAGGAUAAGCAGGCCCAGGAGCUGGGUCUCUAUCUAAUUGUGGAUCGCUAUCAAUUACUUCUGGGCUGCCUGGGUGAAUCCUUUGCUUUGCUCAAGCAAGCGUUGCAUCUGCUGGACUGGUCCAAGGGCUUCCUGUGCACGACUAUGCCUAAUCGAUAUAUUGAAACUGUGCUGCAAGUGGUCAAAGAGCAACAACUGCCCAUCGAAUUUCAGCUGGACGAUUUCAUGCUUCACAUGCCAGCCAAGCAGGCACUGCAGUUCCACAUAGACUGCCCGAAGGGCUUUUAUCUGAAAUCAUUGGCCGAGCAAGAUGCUCACCUCAUUGAUCGGGAAUGGACUUAUAGUCAAGAGGGCUCCUUGUACUUCAUGCAGCGCCAAAUACGCAUGUGUCACAGCAUGGGCCUAUAUGAUGAGGAAACGCAUGAGCUGGUGGCCUGGUGCAUCAGAACACAAGAUGGACUGCUGGGCGCUUUGCAGGUGCGGCAAACGCACAAACGCCGUGGCUUUGGCAAUCUUAUAGUGCGGGCACUUGCUCGCCGCAUUGCCGAAUCGGGCGACGAUGUGACCGCCGAAGUGACCGUAACAAACACGGCCUCUCUGGACUUGUUUAAUAAGCUUGGCUUUCAAAGAAUCGAUUAUUGCCACUGGCUGAGCAUUUUGCCUGCCAAUGGCAGCAGCUUCAGCUGGCCAAAAGGGGAAUAACCCAGGAAAUACUUGGUAGAUCUUUUGCAGAAGGCUUUCUCAUUGAAGUUCAAUUAAAAAAUCCGUUAGAUGAUCUUGAUUGAGCCUGGAUAUGUACACAUAGUUAUAAGA